AUGAGCCAUAUCAUUCCCCAAGACCGCCCCACCUUCCGAGUAGCACACUGGUACAGAUGUCAGGGCCUUGUUGGUCGCGAAAACUUCCUAGCGUUUCAGAAAAGAUUCGAGGAGGUCGUCACCACCAUUGCGAACACCAAAGACGAGGAAAAGUUUUGGAAGUUCGUUCGCAGCCUGUUCGAUUUCGAUGACUACGCCGAUUGCGUGCCGAUCAACGCCGCCAACUUGUCCAUCCUCUUUGACCCAGUGUUGAGGUUAAUGAAUGCCCUUGCGUUCGACUGGAAUCGAGAUAUUUCCAUUCAGAAGAGAAUUCAACCGUUUGUGCGCACCAUCCAGGUCGCCAGAGAACUAAUCGCCGCGCAGCUUAACGUGGAGCCCGAACUGGUCGCAUUCCAGCGAAACGGUUCUGACCCAAACGCAGUCAUCAACAAUGGUUUGACUUUCAACCACGGUGAUCAAGUCGUAGUGUGGAAUGAAAACCACCCGACUCAAGGAGAAGUUGCUUGGAGGAUCAGAAAGGAUCGCUUUCCAAAUAUCAACAUUGUAGUCCUCGACCUCCAAGGUGAACAGGAUCCAGUGAAGAUUAUGAAAAAGUUCCUUGACGCUGUAAAUGGACACACCAGGCUUGUUGCAUUCAGUGAGGUGAGUGAAAUUUUUUCGUUGGUUUGGUUUUCAAUAGUUUUUCCUUCAGUAAAAACUUUGCUCCAACGAAUUUUCUUUCCAUGACCCGGGGGGAGGAGGUAGGGGCACCAGAGGUCAGUUUAGGUAGAGGUGUGUCACCGAAGCCUUCAAACUCCGACCCUGAUUAAGGGCCCCGGGGGGUACUCCCCUAUAUACGCCAUAUAGGUAUGUACCACCCCAAAAGGUAAGGCCGGGUUUUGCGGCGUUUUGGUCUGAAAACGGUUAUAGACUUUCCCUAUUUUGGUCUGGAAUCGGGUAUGGUUUUCGGGGGAACUAACCGGAUUGUAUCAAUUCAGUUCCAAAUGACUGAGAAAGAAAGAAAAAUAUGCAAAUUCGAAAUGGAUUUUUAGAAAUCUUUUUUUGUUGCUGUUCUAAUCCAAGUAAUGAUGACAUUAUUUCUUCGAAGCCAGGUCUGAAAACGAGUAUGGAUUUUAGAGGUCAGGUCUGAAAACGGGUGUGAAUAAUGACAUUUUUUUGGUCUCAAAUAAAGUCAGAAUAUGGAGAACCGGGCGGCACACCUACCAAGAAUUCCCAGGAGUACCCCCCGGGAUUAAGGUCUAGUUUACCUGGAGGUGGGGGGCCCCAGAUAGGUGAGAUAACCCGCGGAGGGUCACCCCACCUAUAAUGUAAACCUGAUCAAAUUAGAAUGACAGAUUAUAUGGACAGGCGGGUUGCCCCAGGGUUACCCCACCUACCUUGGGGUCCCCCACCUCUAUGUUAACAGGCCCUAAGACAAAAAUCGUUCAUUUUACUACCCUGUUUAAAACAAGAGAAACCAUAUUUUAUGAGCCUGAUUCAUUUCGUUUCGCAUACAGAAUUAAACAAUUUUAAAAUCGACAUCAAGGAAUCAGACUUUUUUGAAAAUAAUUGUUAGUACCACACAUCGCUCAUCGCCAACCUUCAUAUUCUUUUAAAUGCUUGUUGUAGCUGAUAUUUCAUUUAAGCUAAGCCUACCAGGGCCUGCUUACAUGGAGGUGGGGGACCCCAGGUGGGUGAGGUAACCCGCUUAAGUGGGGUAACCCGCCUGCCCAUAUAAUCUCUCAUUUUAAUUUGAUCACGUUUACUUGAUAGGUAGGGUGACCCGCCAUAUGUUACCCCCCACCUCCAUGGAAACAGGCCCUUAGGCUCUUUGCAGCUAGCCAUUUACUUGGGACAAAACCGCCAUGCUGAAGAGCAGAAAGUCGCACUGGAACAAAACAGACAAAGAAUAUUACCAUUUAAAAUUAUGUAUGCCUUUUAUUUGUCUUGUCCCAGUGCCACUUUUGCUCUCCAGAAUGGCAGUUUUGUACCUUGUGAACGGCUAGCUGCAAAGGGCCCAUCUGAAAACUCAGUUGCAUUAUAAUUAAGAGCUCUCGAUCUUCCAGUCUAAAAAUACACCCUGUUCAAAAAGCAGGUAGUCAGGAAUUGUAUUCCAUCAUAAGAACUCAAAAUUCAUGCCCUGCUAGGCGCACACGGCCGGCUAAAUAAGAGAAAAGACCGUAGGUUAACAGCUGCGUGUCUGUAUCAUCGGGGUGACCAUAACAACGGGGUAUCCGUACUAUCGGGAUGAACACAUGGUAUCCGUGUUAUUGGGGUGACCAUAAUAGUGGGAUGUCAGUAUUAACAGCUGACCGUAAUAGCGGGGUGUCUGUAUUAUUAGGGUGAACGUAAUGACGGGGUGCCGUAAUAUAGGGGGUGACCGUAACAACAAGGUGUCCGUACUAUCAAAAUGACCCGUAAUAAAGGGCUUUCUGUAACAUCGGGGUGACCGUAAUAGCGGGGUGUCCGUAUUAUCGGAAUGACCGAUCAUAAUAGUGGGGUUUCCGUGCUAUCGGGGUGAUUGCAACAGCGGUGUGUCCGUAUUAUCGGUGUGCUUGAAAUAGCGGGUCGGCUUGCGGUGUCCGUAAUAGAGCGUUUUCACAUGAAGUCCAUGAAGUCACGGCGGCCAUAUUAAUGUCCCAAAACAAUGAAACGGCGGCCAUGUUUGUGUCCCAAACCAGUCCUCUGGGAGUUGAACUCCUUUCUUAUGCAAACACUUUCUUUUGUUCCAAUAAAUUUGCAUAGAGGCUGGCCGCCACGUGAGUGAAAACACUACAUAGUGGGGUGUCGGUAUCGUGGGGGGGGGGGGGGGGAAAAAAACGGGUGCCCGCGGGAUUUUGGGGGGGCCAAAACUUUUGGGCUUUCUGCAAGGCGAGGGUUUCCCUUAUAUGGGGAAAGUAGCCUUUCGGUAGAGUUUUUGCUUUUUUUUUUUUUAGGUUUUUCAUUUGGGCGGUUGUUGCACCCAAACGUCUUGUGGGGCGUUUUACCCUCUUUCUUUGAAAAACUUUUUUUUUUUGACCAAAAAGUUUGGAGGGGGGGGGGCCCCCGGGGGGAGAAAAAAAAAAAGGGGGGGGGUGUGGGGGGGGGGGGGGGGGGGGGGUAAUAAACGGGUGUCCGCGUGACUGUCGGGGUGACCAAACUAUUAGGCUGUCUGCAAGGCGAUGGUUUACCGUAUAUCGAGAAAGUAGUCCUUCGAUCAAGAUUUUGACUUUUUUAUUUCUAGGUAUCUCACUUGAGCGGUACACGUUUGCCUGCCAAAGCUUUGUGUUCAGCUAUCCACCAGAAAAACCCCCGAGUCCAUGUUCACGUUGACGGAGCCCAGAGUUGGGGCGCUUUCAAACAUGACCUCAAAGACAUGGGCUGUGACAGCUACAGCGGAGGGAGCCACAAAUGGUUUUUAGGGCCCAAGGAGACCGGUAUUCUGUACAUGAGAAAAGAGUGCAUCCCAAAUUUCGCACCCAAAGACAUCGGGUACAAUGGAGAAAUGCAGCCCCCUCCAACUUUGCCAGAUGACCCCCUUCCGUGGGAUGCGUCCAGAUUUGAGAUGGUUGGCCAACGCAACGACACCAACCUCAUCGGACUCCUGUACACUGCGGACCUCAUGGGUCUUAUUGGCUACGACAAGAUUGGAACUCGGAUGAAAAAGCUUACUGACCACUUGCGAGGAAAUUUGGAGAGGCUCCGGCGGGAACUGAAACGGCAGCACGGGGAAGAAAUCUUCGAAAUCGAGACGCCGAAAGCAGAUGAUCUGCACCAUGCAAUCUUGGUGAUUAAGUUCAAAGACCAAGCGCAGCCUGGAUCAAGACAACAGAAAAAGCGACGUAAAACUAAGAAGUCUGAAGCUGCUUCUGCCACGCCUUUAAGCGAGCAGGUAUAUAACCUGCUUUAUGAAAAUCAUAAGAUCGGCGUAUCUACAAAGAAGGGAAAUAGGAUGCGAUUCUCGCCUCAUAUCUACAAUACAUUCGAGCACAUGGAUCGAGUGACUGCUGCCAUGUUGGUGGAGAUAAACAACAUCCUCGACUCUUAA